UGGAUACAAACCUGUGCAUCAAUUAAAUGACAAUUAGUAAAUAGACAAUGGCAAACGAUAAGAAGUUCAUAGAAACUGUGUUUGAAAAAUUUGAAUCACUUGAUGAAUUUAACAGGGAAUGCAUUGGACACUAUGAUGCAGACAGAGAUGGGAAACUGAAUUUUAAAGAGUGUUCAAAACUGAUGGAAGAUGUAUUUCAGUCAAAAACUUACACAUUGACACCAUAUUACAUGGAGCAGAUUUUCAACUUGCUGGAUGAAGACAAAGAUGGACUGAUAUGUCAAGAGGAUUUCCGUCGAUGUGUAUACUACUGGUUAAAACAGACCAUGAAGCCUGUGUCCGCAUUCAUCAUUGUUGAUGUCCAGAAUGACUUCAUUACGGGUUCAAUGUCGCUACUGAAGUGUCCCGCAGGUCAGGACGGGGAGGAAGUGAUCCCAGUGAUUAACAACCUGCUGGACACAGUACCCUUUGACCUCAUCGUGUACACGAAGGACUGGCACCCAGAGGAUCAUAUCUCGUUUGUUGAGAAUGUCACUCAACGUCCACUGACCAGAAACUGCAAGGUGAAAGCAGAAGAUGCCAAGGUGUAUGAUGUUGUGGAAUUUGACGGUCCCCCAAGAACUGAACAGAAGCUGUGGCCAAAGCACUGUGUCACCAACACAUGGGGCUCUGAACUGCAUCCAGAUUUAAAGAUAGCAAAGAAUGCCCAGUUUGUGAACAAGGGGCAUCACUCAGAGGUUGACAGCUAUUCAGCAUUCUGGGACAACAACAAACUCUCUCAGACGGAACUCGUGAAAAUACUUGCGAAACAUAAAGUCACAGAUGUAUUUGUGUGUGGGGUGGCGUAUGAUAUCUGUGUCGGUUACACUGCAUUUCAUUCUCUGGAGCAUGGGUUUCGAACAAUUCUGGUAGAAGAUGCCUGUAGAGGAGUUGACGUGAAAGCAAUUGAGGAAACCAAACAAAAACUGCUGGACAGUGGUGCUAUCAUUGUCAAAUCAUCGCAGGUGAAUGCCAUAGUAACUGGGGAAGAUCGACCAACACCUCUUGGGUUGCAGACUGCCAAAAAUGUGGCCCUCGCACGAGAACUCGUAAACCGUGGAAUUGUGAAAUAAUGUUGGCGCACGUGUUAGCUUCUCAUCACACUACCAGAUCUGAUAAAAUUCCAUUUCUACCAGAUGUUUUGUAUAAUUUUUCACAAUUAUGUAACAUCCACUUUAUCUAUUUAUUAUAGUUGUCAUGUUGUGUUAGAUUGUAGAGUUUACAACCUCACCAGGCAAAUCAAUAAAAAGCAAUAAUUUGGAUCACUUAAUUUAAGUAUACAGCAUAUCAAGGGUGUGAUUGUUUCUUCUAUUGUAAAGUUGUCUUCUUUAAAAUGCAUUAUUUGAAUACAAUUAGUGCGUAAAAUGUUUGAUCAUCUGUAAAAUCUUUUAAGUUUGACUUUCUGUAUUUAUGUCUGUAUUUAUUGUUCUUAUGAAGUGACAUGCACAAUUCCUCGAGAUCUAGUCAUUUAUCAACCAAUUUACUCAGGAAAUGCUAAUGUAAUGACAGUGUAGGUUUUUCAUGGUAGUGUUUGACUCUGUUAUUCUAUAUUUUUAUAAUACCAAAUAUUGUGAUGGUUAGGAAUUUUAGGUUUUAACAUCCUACCAUAUUCUUUUCACACAAUUAAAUAAAUUGAACAUAUUAUAUUAUUUUAGCAUGUUUUUAUUAGCUCACUUGAGCUGAGCUCAGGGUGAGCUUUUGUGAUCGCCUUUUGUCCAUCGUGCAGCGUCAACAUUUGCCUUAUGAACACUCCAGAGGCCACAUUUAUUGUCCGAUCUUCAUGAAACUUGGUCAGAACAUUUGUCCCAUUGAUACCUUGACCGAGUUCGAAACUGGGUCAAAAACUAGGUCACUAGGUCAAAAAAAGAAAAACCUUAUGAACACUGUAGAAGUCACAUUUGAUGUCCAAUCUUCAUGUUACUUUUUCAAAAUGUUUGUCUAAAUGAUAUGUUGAUUGAGUUCAAAAAUGGUUCCGGUCUGUUGAAAAACAUGGCUGCCAGAGGGCAGGGCAGUAUUUCUUAUAUGGCUAUAGAGAAACCUUGUGAACACUCUAGAAGUCACAAUUUUUGCCCAAUCAUCAUGAAACUUGGUCAAAACAUUGGUUUCAUUGAUAUCUCCGGCGAGUUCGAAAAUGGUCCAGAUCGGUGAAAAACAUGGCCGCCAGGGGGCGGGGCCCUUUUCUCUAUAUGUAUAUAGUGAAAACAUGUGAACACUUUAGAAGUCACAUUUUUGGUCCAAUCUUCAUGAAAUUUGGUCAGAACAUUUGUUUUCUGGAUAUGACGGUUGAGUUCCAAAAUCGUCCAGAUCGGUGGAAAAACAUGGCCGCCAGGGGGUCGGCAGUUUUCUUUAUAUGUAUAUAGUGAAAGCAUAUGAACAGUCUAGUUGUGAUAAGCCAUAGUGUUAAAGAAAGAUAACCUGUACAUACUUUCUUAUUGUUAACUAAUAGUUAAUCCCCUUGUAUAAGCCUGGGACUUCUUUCAUAAAAUGUGGUGUACAUAAAGACAGUAGUUUGCAUGCAAUUUAAUUAACCUAUGUCAUAAAAUAACUGUACAUGUACUAAUGCACUCUAGAGCCUUAUCUUGGAUCUUUACUGAUAAGCCAAGUUAAACCUACAAACUGUGUUAUGGUGUAUUUAGCAGACUACUGUGCUAUGAAACUGUUUGCAUGGCAACCUUGUUAUUUGGCAUUUUUUAAAUUAGAAAGACUUUUGAUUGAAAUAACUUUUGUAAAUUCUUCUUAUUUUUUACAUUUGAGUCACUGGAGUUUUCCACUCUCCUUAAAUUUUGUUCCUUAGAUUAAGUUAGACUUAUUUUAUAAACAAAAAUUUUGAAGCAACUUCUAGGCUAACAGUAACUAAUAUUUAUAUUAGUUUUUUUGACAGAUUGUGAACUUCUUUUUACGUUCAUGAAGGUAUUUGCUGUAUUUGUUCAUUUUUAACGAUGCAUAGAUUCUUUAGACUAAAGUUAGUUAUUUUUAACCAGGUUUUCCGAAGGAAAAAACUGGUUAUUAGAUUGGCGAAUGCGGGCGGGCUGGCUGGCUGGCUGGCGGGCUGGCGGGCGGGCGGAACAAGCUUGUCCGGGCCAUAACUUUGUCGUUCAUUGUGAGAUUUUAAAAUCAUUUGGCACAUUUGUUAACCAUCAUUAGACGGUGUGUCGCGCGAAAAAAUUACGUCAAUAUCUCCAAGGUCAAGGUCACACUUUGAGUUCAAAGGUAAAAAAUAGCCAUAAAUGAGCUUGUCUGGGCUAUAACUAUGUCGUUCAUUAUGAGAUUUUAAAAUCAUUUGGCACAUUUGUUCACCAUCAUGGGACGGUGUGUCGCACGAAAGAAUCACGUCAAUAUCUCCACAAUGUCAAGGUCGCCACGACUAAAAAUAGAUUUAUUUUAAAACAAACUUACAAAGGGGGUUAAUUUUGUUUGUUCAUUUCAAAAGUUCAGUUUGAGUUGUCUCCCUUUAUCAGAUUUUUUUUCACAAUGAAAACCUGGUUUUGUGACAAUUUUGUCCCUUGUCAUUAAAGCUGCUUUGGUUUUCACUUAUAGAAUAAUUCUUUUAGUGUAUUCAGGCGUAUCUGACUGGACGCCUUUAGUUAAUUGAAUUAUAACCAGUAGUGCUGCAACAAUACGCCAAAAACCGUAUUGCAAUAUAUUGUCAGUUCAAAAACCCGUAUUGCAAUAUAUCGCAAUAUAUUGCUAACUUGUACCAAAAUUAUAACUUGCCGAUUACCCAAUAAUCCAAUAAAUUCCAAUUUUAAAGCAAAUUCUGGUAAAUAUUUACUAUAAAUGUGCUCAAGAAUAAUAAGAAACACAAACAUUUGCAAAUUUUCUUAAGUAUCAAAUACAUUUUUGUAAUUGUUACUAUUUGAAGAUGUGAUGAAAUAAUGUCCAACCGGGGCGUUUUUCCCACUGAGCACGUGUAAUUCAGCUGACGUGAUGUUCCCGUUUUUAUACAACACAAAAUACACCCAUACUUUCCAUGCGACGUUCUACAUGUCUGUAUAAUUUUCGCGCGCUUUUUAUUGAGACAAAGGAUAAAGCACUUUUUAUUUGACGCUAUAAUUUUUUAUCGUCGCGUUAGCAUUCAAAUUUGGAAGCGUGUUUCCGAAAUUCGGAUUACAAAUAAUGCUCAAAUCAGAAUCGAACGAAACAUUUACAGCUGUGCGCAAUUAAUUCAACGAUAAUCUGUUCAAAAGCAUCGAAUGAAUGCUCCCAUGUAACAAUGCUACUCGGUAUAAUACACUUUUUAGAAUGCUUUUUUUACGUACAAAAUAAUUUACACUGCUUUGUUUUGUUUACCUUUUUAUCAUUAUUUCGGAUGGCUUUUCUGGACGAAAUGUGAAUGAAUUUUUGUAAAAUUUUCGUACCGGUAUGAUGAAAAUCAUAUCGCAAUACAAUAUGCGGAUUGCGUAUUGCGAUAUAUACCGAUAUACCGGUAUAUUGUUGCAGCCCUAAUAACCAGUAAGUGUGUUAGAAAUAAGCGUUCUUUAAUUAGACUCGAUAAAUAUUUCCGUAUUACAUAAGUGCUCACACAGUUACAUAACUCGUAACCGUCCCGUGACCGGUUCACUUGCAUAUGCGAACGAGACCGCACUACCACAGUAGUUUAUAGUAAAACAUUGUGAAUACUUCUAGUCACAUUUUUAGUUAAAUCUGAAUGACACUUGCUGAUCUUCACACAUGGUGCCAAUCUUUAUGAGCAUAAUAUUUUUUGCUCAUGGUGAACUUUUGUGAUCACCUUUUGUCAAUUGUCUGUCUGCCGUUGUGCGUCAUGAAUAUUUGCCUUGUUAACACUGUAGAGGCCACAUUUAUUGUUGGAUCUUCAUGAAACCGUUUUAGAAGAUUUGUCCCAAUAACAUCUUGGAUGAGUUCAAAAAUGGUUCCAGUCUGUUGAAAAACAUUUCCGCCAUGGGGCCAUUUGUUGUUCAUUCUUCAUGAAACUUGGUUAGCACAUUUGUUCUAUUGAUAUCUUGGGCUGCAAAGAACAGGUCAUUUCUUUUUAUCUCAGGUGAGGGACUUUGGGCCUUUCAGGCCCUCUUGUUGAUGAAUUUAGCUCAGCCAAUCUAUGGCUAUCGUGUACGUCCCGUACAGGAAUCCCUGGAAGGGACAACUUGCUAGUCCCUUAUUGGAGGUUAGAAAUGUUUGCUAUUCAACAGUCAUGUAUGUCUGCCCAACCAUCCAUUUAACUCUGGAUCCUGUGAUUUAUCUAAAAGUACUGAAAAAUAGUGGAUGAAACUUGUUGUAUUUAUAAAGGGCAAUAUGAUGAAUAUACACAACCUUUCUUAUAAACAGUGGUUGAAUUACAGGUCACUGUUACUAAAUAUAGAACAGAACUUAAUAAUGUAAUAAAAUGCAAAAGAGUAAUAAUCUUAAAACUUGUUAUAGGUUGGUCAUUUGUCCAUAUGUUAGGUCCUUCCAUUGGUCAUCUCUUCCUCUGUCUGUGCAUGCUUAAAUAACUAGAAAAACAUAUUCAAUAUUAUUACAAAACUGUGAUGACAGGAUUAUGCAUGACACUGAAUGUUCCCAGAGGUCAAAUGCCAGGUAAUUUGUUACUAAUAAUAGAUUGACAUGCAACACGGCAUUACCUCAAAAUGUACAUAACUUAAGAUGUAAUCAUACAAUCAUCCUUGUAUCCUGGUUCAUAUUCACACAUGAAAAGCAAUGUGAGAUUUUUGCACCAAGUUUUUUGUCACCAAAGGUCAAGCAUUCUAGUCAUAAUAUUGUGAUAUGGUAAACUUUAGCCCCUCUCUGGGAACACUGUGCUAAAUAAGUUGUACACUUGUCAAAAUGAUGAUAAUUAUGUUCCUUAUUGGGAUUGAACACUGAAAAUUAUUAUAUUCUGAAUUGUCUAAAGUGUGUGUAUUUAAAAAAGGCUACUUUCAAUGGUCUUAAUGUCAUGUUGUAUUAUCAUAUUCAAACAAAAUGUGUACAGUAUUUUCUGCUGGUAGGAAAAGGGGCAUGGGGACAAUCGGCUCAUAGGGCUUUAUUGCUUUUCUGGACAAUGGGCACCUCAUAAAUGUGCCGUCCUGGACAAUAUGCAUCUAUUUAAUUGUCACCUGCACAAUUGGCACCCAAUUAAUGUGUCAACCCAGACAAUCCUUUGAAGACUUUUGUUCAUUAUACAUGUAGUUGUUGUAAUACAACCUUUUAACACCUCUAUGAGUGAUGAUGAAUUCCAUUUUUAGCUUGACUAUUAUAUAUGAAAUAUAUAUAGUGGAGCUAUCCUACUCACCCCGGCGUUGGCAUUGCCAUUCCAGUUUGCGUGCAAAUGUUAAAGUUUGCGUACUACCCCAAAUAUUUUCAAUGUCCUUUGACAUAUUGCUUUCAUAUUUUGCAUACUUGUUUACCAACAUUACCCCAACCUAUAAACAAGAGCAGACAACUCUAUGAAGCAUUUUGUAAUAAUUAUGGCCCCUUUUCCACUUAUAAUAUGCAGCAAUUGUUAAAGUUUACGUACUACCCCAAAUAUUUUCAAUGUCCUUUAACAUAUUGCUUUCAUAUUUUGCAUACUUGUUUACCAACAUGACCCCAACCUAUAAACAAGAGCAGACAACUGUAUCAAGCAUUUUGACAGAAUUAUUGCCCCUUUUUUACCCCCUCUCAAUCCCCCCCGCCUACU